GACUAGUUUGAUUAAUUUUAGUAACAAAUCAUCCACAAUAAUUUAGUUAGUUGGCAGUAUCAAAUGAGAUUAUAAGAAAGCACCCAAAUUUAGAAAUUAAAGGCAUAAAAAUUGGGAUCAGGAAUAGAAAAUGCACCUCUCACUAAAAACAUUGUAUUUUCAAAAAAUAUUCAAAUUGAGUUACCUAAUCUUCUUUUGAUCCUCCAUCCUACAAAAUUUCAGGGGAGCACAAAUCCAGAAAACCCAUCAAAUUCCAACUUGAAAGCUCCCCCCCAUUUUUUUAGCUAUAUAUUUUCUUCUUUAAUUCUUUCUUUUUUUUUUUGUUUUCUUUUUCUUUUCACAAGACUAUGUACCCAUUUGUUUAUCUUCUAUCAUAUGAGUUCUUAUGAUCAUCAACCUCAAAUUUCCCAAUUAGAAACUAGGCAUUCUUUUAUGUUUUUGUGAAUUCUCUAAGGCAACAAACAGGUAAUUUUGGUGCAAAGUUGGCGAACUUGGGAUAACUUAAAGUAUUACUUUGGAGCAAUAAUAUAUAUCCUCUCCUCCCCAAAAAAAUUUAUAAGUUAAAAAAUAUGGGAGCUUGUUGUAGCAAAGAAGGAAAUUAUGGAGAUCGACAAAUUACUGUGUAUGAGCAUGAAUGUGAGCAAGAAGAUUAUGUCUAUAAAGGAGAUAAUGGAGCUUCAAUUAGGCUACAAGGUUCUUCUGCUUUUAUUUCGAUGGCAACCCAACAAGGGAGGAAAGGAAUCAACCAGGAUGCCAUGACGGUUUGGGAGGACUUUACUGGUGAUAAGGAUGCGUUCUUUUGUGGGGUGUUCGAUGGGCACGGACCGUGUGGUCACAAGGUAGCUCGUAAUGCCCGUGACGAACUACCAAUAAAGCUUUCCGCAGCUCACAAACUUCUCCAAACAAAAUCCCGUAGCACAAGUGAUGUCGAUGCUUUAUAUGCAGACGACGAUGACGCUCAUUCUAUCAACGGCGAGACUAACGACAACCUCCAUGAUGGAAAGGGCUCCGACGCCGAGUUAGUGUUACACUUGUGGAAAGCUGCCUUUUUGACGUCAUUUAGAGAAGUAGAUAAAGAGCUCAGCCAAGACUCCUCUAUUGAGAGCUAUUGUAGUGGUACUACAGCUGUGACGGCUGUCAAACAGGGGGAUCAUCUAAUAAUCGGAAAUUUGGGGGAUUCUCGUGCAGUUAUGUGCACACGAGGGGAGAAAGGACAGAUAAUACCACUCCAAUUAACUGUGGACUUGAAGCCAAGCUUGCCAAGGGAAGCCGAGCGAGUGAGGCGUUGUAAUGGACGAGUUUUCUCUCUAGAAGAGGAGUCUCAUGUUCUUAGAUUAUGGCUUCCUGAUGAAGAUAGCCCAGGCCUCGCUAUGACAAGAGCAUUUGGAGAUUUUUGCCUUAAAGAUUAUGGUCUUAUUUCUACCCCUCAAGUCUUCUACCGCAAAUUAACUGAACAAGAUGAAUUUAUUGUACUUGCAACAGAUGGGGUGUGGGAUGUGCUGACAAACUUUGAGGUAGUGAAAAUAGUAUCAGCAGCAAGGAAACGAUCUCAUGCAGCAAAGUUCUUAGCAACGCAUGCAGUUCGUGCAUGGAAGAGUAGGUUCCCAUCCUCGCGAACCGAUGACAUUGCGGUUGUAUGUCUCUUCUUUAAGCCUCCACCUCCCGGAAAAUCGAUGUCAGAUAUCAGCCACAUUACUCCGGACAGCUUAAGCCAUCUCAAUUCUUCGGUAUCUCAACAUACUUAUAGAAGCAUCAGCAGUGAUGCGGAUGAAGGGUUUGAUUUUAAGGACAGUAGCAACAACAAAGGGAAGUUUCAGGAAAUUCCGGAGGAGGGUGAAGGAGAAAGUUUGGUAGGUACAUCAUUGAAUUUUCCGCGGUAUACAAAUUCUCGAAAUAGAGGUAGACCAACAUCAAAAAGUGCUGAAGUUUGAAAUGGAUUUUUGAUUCAAUCAUUUUAGCUUAGGGGGGUGAACUAGCACAGUGAACGAUUGAUUAGUGUACAUAUCAGUAUGACAAUAGGUAAAUUUGCCUAGAGAUGAGAAAAUGAGAAGAAAAUUAUGUACAUAUAUACUUGGACUACAAUAGUGGAUCAGAUGUGUUCAUUUUUGUAGUUAUUCUCUCUUGCAAAUACUUGUCCGGAAAAAGGAUGAGAAAAUGUGAAAUGACGAAAGGCGAGUUGUGGUCAUCAA